UUUCCUUGUUUGUUUCCACUUCUGCAAUUUCAGUAUUUUCUUAUCACUCCGGAAGAAGCGAAAAUUAAUAUCAGGACGGAAAUUGCAAGCCCCGAGUUUUCCCACCGCGUGAAAUGGGGAAGAAAAAAGAUAUCUAUCUAGAUCGCGAAGGCGAUGAUUUCCAUGGAUUCUCUCAUAAGAAGCACAAAAAACACAAGAAACACAAAAAGAGCAAAUCUCAACCGCAGCCCUUUGUGUCAUCAUCUUACGACUAUGUCCCGGAGGAAGUGGAACAAACGGUGGAAGUUAUGGAGGAGAUCGAAUACAUGGAAGCAGAUCUAGAGCCGGAAAUUAUCACCGAAGUUGAAGCAGAAACAGAUCCAGAACCUUCAAGUUCAAUAGCGAUCCCUGCGGUGGCAUCAACCACAUCCGUUAUGGCUUCUCCAGGACCUUCGGUAAAAACUACCCCACAAGGUAAAGGUGCUUCCGUGGGAAAAUCGUCGAAGAAAAAGAAAGGCAAAGGAAGGGACAGUGGCACGUCCAGUGAAGAAGAACGAUGGCUUGAUGCGAUUGAAUCCGGUAAAUUGGAGGAGGUGGACGACGAACUCAAGAAAAUCAAACCAAAAGAUCCCAAGCUGAUGACUGCGAGACAGAGGGCCAUGUAUGAGCGAAAUACUGACAAGGAAACUAACCUUGGCAGUGAAUUACUGAUGGCGCUUCCAACCGGGUAUAAAGAAAAGGUAAUGACCGCUGAAGCAAUACAGAAAGCCCAAUUAAAAUCACAGAAGCGCAAACAGAUGGCAGACGAGAAACGAGAAAAGGACAAGAAGAAAACUAUGGAACGACUGUUGAAAAAGCAGGACUCAAAGUCAGUGAAGGCCAGCAAGAAUCGUUUCACAAAAGCUCAACUACCCAUGAUAACGUACGUGAAUACGGUAGAAGGUGCCACGAUAUCGUUACCUCCCAACGUGGAAUUUCCUUUACAACCACAGAAACCGAAAGACCCACCCAAACCGAUCAUUUGUGGCAUACCCAACUGUACCAACAUAAAACGGUACAAUUGUUCAAAAACGAACAUACCACUUUGCAGUUAUCGUUGCUAUAAAAUGAACGUUGAUUCAAUAAAACAAAUCAUUUGCUAGAUUA